AUGGGCUGCUUCCUCUCCUGCUUCCGCGGCCGCCCCGGCAGCGCGUCCGGCGACGGCCUCCAGGACCCGCUCGUGCGCGCGAGCAGGCUCGGGGACGCCUUCCUGGACGACCGCGACGACGACGCACCAAAACUUGGAGCGGGCGGAAAACUGAAGGAGGAUUUGGGGAACGGCGGAGGCCUCGACGACGAACUCAGGCGAGAGGCAAAUUAUCUCAAAUCAUGUGGCACAAUAUCAGAAACCCCUCCAGAAAUUCUAAAAGUAUCAAAUCAAAUCAAAGCAGAUAAUAGUAAUGAGUGCGAUGACACGCCCAAUAAUGCACAGGAUAUUAAAGGGAUAACGGAGGUAUCUGAAGAUAAAGAUUAUAUAUCUGAAGAGUUCAACUGUGAUGGGCAUGGUGAAUUGAGUAAUGACCAGAACACUGAUGAAGGUGCUGAUGAUGUUAGCGCGGUUGAAUCAGAGUCUGUAUCAUUGUUACAGGACAAGUCUUCACGCCGGAACAUCACCAACCAGAACCUUGAUUCUAGCGACUCGCCUUUCCCUACUCCUUUGGUUCUCAGAGGUGACAUUCAGACUCCUGGAACAAUGUUUACAGCAUACCAGCAGAAUGUUAAGACUGGAAAGCGUGGGAGGACAGGCAAACAGUUCAUCUACCCUGUUCUGAGACCUAUCGAGAACAAACUAGAAUGGAUGGAACUGAGAGAUGAGUCUUCACCUAUGAUUGCAUCCCAUCCUCCGAAGAGAAGGUACUUGUGUGAAGAUUCUACUGAGAAACCUCAGCAAGCUUUACCAAGCUCGGUGAGCACAGACACGGAGCUACCAGAAUCUGCACCGUUUUCAUUCCAUGCCAAAAGUAAAGGGCAGGCUGAAGAGGUGACAUCUCCAGAGGAACACAAGAACCAGAAUGGCAGCCAUCAGAUUCUGGAUGGUGGCAUUGGAGAGCUCCUGAAAAUUAGUAGUUCAUACAAUGAGAAGCAUGGCGUGGCUAGUCUGUCCUCUUGGCUCAAGACUUCAUCUGCAGAAGGUAGUGAGAGCCAUAGUGGAAUCGGUGGCGACUUCGGAAAGCUGCCGGGCUUCGGGAGGAUCGGCGAUAUCACUGAGGUGCCGAUCUUUGUUGCUUCUGGGCUGAACUGGAACGAUGACAAUCCUACUCCCAUGUUGCCGAAGGCGGUGUGGGACGGGAAUGGGAUUCCAAACACAACCACCAAGUAUAAGGAGGACCAGAAAGUGAAUUGGCAUGCCACACCAUUUGAGGAAAGGCUGAUGAAAGUUUUAUCCGAUGAGAAACCGAAGCAUGAAAGGAAGAUGAGUGGCAAGCUGAUCCACCUCGAGGAAGACGCAAUGGAGAGCCUUGCAACUGCUUCCUCGUGA